AUGAAGCUAUCCGAUGUCCUAAACUUUGACAUCGCUAGAGAUCAGCGCGUGACAUGUUUUGCAAAGACUAUGAAGGAUACGCAAUGUGCCAACCCCGUGGCUCGGAAAGACAGUAACAAAGCACACGAUAUUUUGCAGCAUGUCAUGACUUUCCAAGACUGGGAGCAUGAUUUGAUCGAGAACUAUAUUCAAGAGCUUUCUGACCUCCUUAUACAUGGGGAAAUGAAACAUGCCAACAGCGAAUUUCAAAAGCAAGGGCGAAGAACAGAAUGGCUCCGGAUGUGGCAUACACAAUUGGAUGAGAAUCAGCAGUUGCGCGAGGAGAUACAGGAGAAUACUCCAAAUGAUUUAGACUCUCUGGGGAAUGGACUCCACGAGGCCGCAUUCGUUCCUCCUAUCACUCAACACGCUGGCAUUCCACCCGAGCCUUCACCACUGGCUAUACAGGCGCGUACUGAGCCUGCUCAAUUUCAAUUUACAUCGAUUCUUGAGACUGUGGAAGAUUCCAGCCAUGCGCUUGGCACGACACCUCCGGCCCCAUCUCACCACAUUCAAGAAGAUAUACAGAUCGUACCAGAUCAACCACAAUUAUUCUCAGAGAGCCUCGUUCCCAGUGCGUUCAUGACUGCCAAUCAAAGAGUGAUGAUUGAAACAGUGAUCAAAUGCAUUUUGCAGUUUUGUCUUGCAUUUCAAAUCCAACUCGGACCCUCCAUUGAGUUCAAAUUGCUUACUGGAAUGAGGAUACCUCUUUCAAGUUUUCCCAGCUCGCCCUACCUUAUCUUUCCUAUUAUCUAUCUGUGCGGUCAAGUCAUGAACAUCUUAUUUGGGCCAAUUUCGGGUUUAUUUUUGGUUCUUCUUGUGACUCUCGGCGCAUGGUGCUCGGUGAGACCGAAAAAGACGACGACGACUCGGACAUUGAUGUGA